AACUUGGUGUGGAAUUUUUCAGUGAAACCAAGCAAGAAAGAUGAAGGAGUUAUUUUUCGUAUUAAUGGUUGUCCCGUUCUGGGCUGCUUUUGCAGCAGACCCUCAAUUUAUGAUCGGUGUAGGAAAGGCUGAUAUAACUGGCCCCGCAGCUGAUGUAAAUAUGAUGGGUUAUGCCCACCCAGAUCAGAGAACAUCAGGGAUCCACACUCGUCUUUACAGUAGAGCAUUCAUAACCUGCGAGAAUGCUGACCCAGACAAUUGCAAUGUGUUUGUCAGCGCAGACAUCGCCAUGGGAUGUACUGCUAUCAAUCUUGAUGUAUUUGAGCAGCUGAGGGGUCUGUACGGUGAGCGUUACAAUGAGAAGAAUGUUGUACUGAGUGGGACACACACUCAUUCUGGUCCUGGUGGCUACCUACAGUACCUGACCUUUACAUUCACCUCACUGGGAUUCGUCAAUGACAGCCAUGAUGCCAUCGUUACCGGGGUCGUUCAGAGUAUUGCAAAUGCACAUGACAACAUGGUACCAGGCAAUGUGUAUGUUAACAGAGGUGAUCUAUUCUCUAGUAACAUCAACAGAAGUCCUACCGCAUAUCUUAAUAAUCCUGAAGAAGAGAAGGACGAAUACAUGAACAACACAGAUACCAGAAUGACUGUAGCUAAGUUUGUUGAUGAAAAUGACAAUGACUUGGGACUCAUAAGCUGGUUUGCUGUUCAUCCGGUGAGUAUGAACAACACCAAUCAUCUGAUCAGCAGUGAUAAUAAAGGCUAUGCCUCUUACCUUGCUGAGAAGGAGUUUGGAUCUGGCUUUGUGGCCGCGUUUCCGAAUAGCAACCAGGGAGACGUUUCUCCUAAUCUGAACGGACCCAAGUGCGUUGACACCGGAGAGCCGUGUGAGAUGGAGACGAGUACCUGUAAUGGAAGAGCUCAGCUGUGUUAUGCUAGCGGACCAGGGAAGGACAUGUUUGAAAGCACUCGGAUAAUUGGAGAGAGACAGUACACUAAAGCUAAAGAAUUAUAUAAUUCAUCUACCAUGAUGAUGUCAUCAACUAUAUCCUCGAUUCACCAGUUUGUUGAUAUGUCAAACUACCAAGUUAUGCUAGAAGACAAUACUACAAUAAAGACUUGUUCGCCAGCCCUUGGCUAUAGCUUUGCGUCCGGAUGUACGGAUGGAACAGGAUUUUUUACUUUCACCCAAGGUGACACCGAUGGGAGUCUUGUUUGGGAUUUUGUGAGGGAUUUGAUCAAGGAACCGUCUCAAGAAAUGAUUGAAUGCCAUCAGCCUAAACCUGUUCUACUUCCUACUGGAGAGGUAUCAACCCCAUGGCAGUGGCAUCCUGACAUAGUAGACACCCAGAUUCUUCGUAUUGGAGAGCUGUUCAUCUUGGCCGCUCCGGGAGAGUUCUCCACCAUGGCGGGACGCAGACUCAGGAAUGCCAUCGGAAGGGUUCUGAAUGACUCCGGCAUUACUGACAAUCAGAUUGUAAUCACUGGACUGUCUAAUACAUACACUCAUUAUAUCACUACACCAGAGGAGUAUGAAAUCCAGCGGUACGAGGGUGCUUCCACUAUCUACGGUCCAAACACCAUGCAGGCUUACAUCCAGCAAUACAGCAUGUUAACAGAUGCUCUGAUACAGGGGACCAACAUCGGAGCAGGACCUAGCCCUCCAAACCUGUUGAACGUCCAACGAGGUCUUCAGGUGUUCACUAGGGGUGAUGUCUUUCCGAACGGAACCAGUGCCGGUGAUGUUUACAUUGAUGUAGAUCCAAAGUAUAAACAGGGUUCAGUUGUGACAGCUGUUUUCUGGGCAGGAAACCCAAGACAGAACACCCUUGGAAUGCUUGAGGAUACCUUCCUUGAAGUUCAAGAACCGAAUGGACGACUAUGGCGAACUAUCUUGACUGAUACAGAUUGGUCAACAAGGUUCUAUUGGGAAACUGACCACACCGGUGCCACGAUGUCAAACCGGGCUACCAUCUAUUGGGAUAUCCCAGAGGACCAACCAUUAGGAACGUAUCGUCUAAGACACUCCGGAUUCUUCAAACGCUUAACAGUAGUACUACCUUAUGCGGGAGCUUCCUCAGAGUUUGAAGUAGUUUCUAAGGACUAUGAAAGACCAUAGUAAAAAAAACGCCAAAUGUUUCAGUCACUUUUAAACAAAUUACUUAAGUUUUGGCAGAUAGCUCUCGGUAAAGUGAAACGCUUUUAAGCCUAUAAGGCAACUUGUCAAAAGUGUAUGCAGCAUCUUACAGCAUGAAUCCUGCUUUAAACACAUCUUUUCACAGCAGCUUUCUUGCAUUCAUUAUUGUUUGAUCUAUGAUGAAGUAGUGUGAGCAUUGUUAAAGGUCAAGUUCACCCCAGAAAAUUGACGAUUUGAAUCGAUAGAGAAAAAUCCAACAAGCAUAACGCUG